AUGGGAGUUGGAAUAGUGUUUCACGAUGAGGUGGAGAUCGAGGACUUCCAAUAUGAGAAGGACUCAGAGAGGUACUCCUACCCCUGCCCAUAUGGGGGUAACUUUUGCAUCACCAAAGAUCAGCUUACGUGUGGAGAGACAGUCCCAGCCCCUUCCACCAGCAAAAAACUAGUUAAAUGCUAA